UUUACGCGCGAUUUGUAUGGAGGAGAAUCCGUCGAAAAAAGCGAAGAAAGACCCUUGGGAUUUGGAGGAUUCGUUUAACACUGGCUUUGAGGAUGAGUUGGCGGCCUUACCAAUUGCAAGCACCUGGUGGAAGCGAAGUUCAUGUCCUUCUAUAGACCCUUCUACUCAAGACGUCAUCUUUCAACAGCUAGAAGUUGAUCAUUACAUUGGUAACCAUGUAGACAACAUGCCAGGACCUCAAGAGGGUCCCACCUCGAUUAUAAGGAUGUUUGGGAUUACAAUGGAUGGCAUCAGCGUUUGUGCCCAUGUUCACGGUUUUACUCCCUAUUUUUAUGUGCCAGCACCCAGAGGUUUUAAGGCAGAGGAUUGUGAGACAUUUCGGAGAGAUCUUGAUUAUGCAAUCAUGCGAGAUAUGAAAUCGAACAGAGAGGGUGUUGUCACUGCUGUUCAGUCCAUCGAAGUACAGACUAAGGAAAGCAUUAGGGGUUACCAUGGCAACCAAAAAUUGUCAUUUCUCAAGAUUACUGUCACUUUGCCACGAUUGAUUGCACCAGCAAAGAGACUGUUGGAAGGUGGAUUUUCAACUGGUUGCUAUGGAGAACGUGGUUACCAGACUUAUGAGAGCAAUGUUGAUUUUGAGAUUCGUUUUAUGUGUGAUAUGGAUGUUGUUGGGUGUAACUGGAUUGAGAUUCCUCGUGGGAAAUACAGUCUUCGUCGUCAUGAUCGGCAAUCGCUUCUGUACACGUCUCGGUGUCAAAUUGAACUUGACAUUUCAUUUGAAGAUUUUGUUAGUCACGCUGUGGAGGGAGAGUGGCAGAAGAUUGCUCCACUGAGAAUCCUGAGCUUUGACAUUGAGUGUGCUGGCAGGAAGGGCAUCUUUCCAGAGCCUGAUAAAGAUUCUGUUAUUCAGAUUGCAAACAUGGUUGUUGUGCAGGGAGACAAGGAUCCGUUUGUCAGAAAUGUGUUUUGUCUUAAUACGUGUGCACCAGUUGUUGGAUCCAAAAUAUUCUCAUUUCAAAAGGAGGAAAAGAUGCUACAGGCGUGGUCUGAUUUUGUUUGUGCUGUUGAUCCGGACAUCAUCACUGGUUACAACAUCGUCAAUUUCGAUCUCCCUUACCUUCUCAACAGGGCAUUAGCUCUCAAGCUCACUCGAUUUCCUUUUAUGGGGCGUGUAAAGAAUGAGAGGACUACAAUGAAAGAUUCAGUAUUUCAGUCACGAGCGUAUGGAAAGAGAGAGAACAAAGUGAUUACAAUGGAAGGAAGAGUGCAAUUUGAUUUAUUUCAGAUUUUGUUGCGAGAUUAUAAGUUGCGGUCAUAUUCAUUGAAUGCUGUCAGUUUCCAUUUUCUCGGUGAGCAGAAAGAAGAUGUCCAGCAUUCUAUUAUUACUGAGUUGCAGAAUGGCACAGAUCAAACUCGACGUCGUCUUGCUGUGUACUGCAUGAAAGAUGCGAUUCUUCCUCUUCGUCUUCUUGAGAAGCUCAUGUGUGUGAUCAACUACAUGGAGAUGGCUCGUGUUACAGGUGUUCCUCUCAGUUAUCUUCUCACCCGUGGCCAACAGAUAAAGGUGAUGUCUCAACUGCUGCGAAAAGCAAGAGAACAGGACUUAGUCAUUCCUGCACAUAAAGCAGAAGCAGGAGAAGAGUAUACUGGAGCCACUGUAAUAGAGCCAGUAAAGGGCUACUAUGACAUUCCUAUUGCGACACUGGAUUUCUCAUCAUUGUAUCCAUCCAUCAUGCAGGCACAUAAUCUUUGCUACACCACUUUGAUUCAACCUCAUGAGACAAAGCAGUUUUCACCUGACCAAUACAUUAAGACACCCAGUGGAAAUUUUUUUGUAAAGAGUGCUUUAAGAAGAGGCGUCCUGCCAGACAUUCUGGAGAAUUUACUGGCAGCCAGGAAAAGGGCGAAAGCAGAAUUGAAACAGGAAACAGACCCCUUCAAGAGAAAAGUGUUGGAUGGCAGACAGCUUGCUCUCAAGAUCAGUGCAAACUCAGUUUAUGGUUUUACAGGAGCUUCUAUAGGAAAACUGCCAUGUUUAGAAAUAUCACAGAGUGUGACUGCAUUUGGUCGUCAAAUGAUUGAUAGGUCUAGGCAAUUGGUGGAAGACAAGUUUACAGCAGCCAAUGGAUAUCCAGCUGAUGCUCAGGUAAUCUAUGGUGACACUGACUCUGUAAUGGUAAAGUUUGGAUCCAAUGAAUUAGAAGAAUGCAUGGCAAUAGGUCGAGAAGCAGCAGCAUACAUUUCAGAGCAAUUCCCUCAGCCAAUUAAGCUUGAAUUUGAAAAGGUGUAUUUUCCAUAUCUGCUAAUCAGCAAGAAACGAUAUGCAGGGCUGUACUUUACAAGAGUUGACAAGCAUGACAAGAUGGAUUGCAAAGGCAUUGAAACGGUUCGACGUGACAAUUGCCCUUUGGUUGCCAAUCUUAUUAAUACAUGCCUGGAAAUGAUUUUGAUCAACAGGAAUCCACAUGGAGCAGUGGAAUAUGUGAAGCAGACAAUUUCUGAUUUAUUGUGUAAUCGCAUUGAUAUAUCGCAGUUGGUUAUUACAAAAGAACUCACAAGACAAGAUGGCGACUAUGCAGGAAGACAAGCACAUGUUGAAUUGGCAGCAAGAAUGAGAAAACGAGAUGCUGGUUCUGCACCAGCUCUUGGAGACCGCGUACCAUAUGUUAUAACAGCCGGAGCUAAAGGAGCGGCAGCUUACCUGCGAUCAGAAGAUCCAAUCUAUGUCCUAGAUCACAAUCUAGCACUAGAUACAGAUUACUAUUUGGAAAACCAACUGUCCAAACCUUUGAUGCGAAUUUUUGAGCCUAUUCUUGGUGAAAGUCGUGCUCAUUCUGAAUUACUUCGAGGUAAGCACACGCUGGCCAAGACGAAAGUCACGUCGUCGAUAGGUGCUCUGUCUGCAUUUGCUAAGAAGAGAAACACUUGUGUUGGAUGUCGAGCAGUAUUAAGACGAGAAGAUGAAGCCGUUUGUGAACACUGCAAGUCUCGCGAGUCAGAGCUUUAUCAGAAAGAGAUGGGUCAUCUCAACGCGCUCGAAGAGAAGUUUGCUCGACUAUGGACUCAAUGUCAGCGAUGUCAGGGCAGUCUUCAUCAAGACGUCCUCUGCACGAGCCGUGACUGCCCCAUCUUCUACAUGCGCAAGAAGGUACAAAAGGACGUCGAAGAUCAGGACAAAAUUGUCUCUCGGUUUAGUUGUCCUUCGUGGUAACUAGCAGGCAUCUCUCUGGUUUCUUGAUUCAGAAUGAUACAAGCUAGCUGGUGUAGACGAAAGCGAAAAUUGAUAGGUGAAGGGCGCUUCCUGAACCUACAAGAGAAUUUAA